CAUACGCGGACGGCGGCCGGGACAGGUCAAUCCGCAUCGGGCACUUUUUCCUCAGUGAGUUUCCCUGUGCGGUCGGUGGACCUGCAGGGCGACACCGCCGCGCUCCCACGUAGGCCGAACCCCCGGGUCGCAUGUCGCGUGGCUCCCCGCGUGACCACUGCAGGCAGGAAUGGCAGCCCCGUCCAUGAAGGAAAGGCAGGCAUGCUGGGGCGCGCGCGACCUGUACUGGCGCUGCCUGGACGACAACGCGGAGGACGCGGCCCGGUGCCAGAAGCUGAGGAGCUCGUUCGAGGCCAGCUGCCCCCAGCAGUGGAUAAAAUAUUUUGACAAAAGAAGAGACUACUUAAAGUUCAAGGAAAAAUUUGAAGCAGGAGGAUUCCAGUCUUCACAGUCGACUGAGAAUUCCUAGGCUCUUUCUGGACUUUCCCACAAGUGGAAUUUACUCCUCUGGAUUUGCAGAAACGAUUCCAGGACAAAAGUGGCUUGAGUCACCGUGCGUAUCAGCUCUUGUUCUCUGUAAACAACAGUUACUAAAAUGGUGAAACAGCAGAAGAUCUCAUCAUCCAAACUGUGAAGGACUGCCUUAAUUUAAGUGAGGGAUCCAUUUUAAGAAAAAGCAUUAAAUCAUUAUAUAAAAAGUUUAUUAUAAAAAUACAUUGUUUAUCUUCCUUUCCCCCUUUGGAAUAAAAGCUGCAUAGUAGGCAAAUAUAAUUGCACAUAAAUAAAAACUAAGAUAGGUUA